GUGAGGUUCUGCACACGUGAAAGGAAGUGCUGCAACACACAGCCAAGCAGAGGGACGGCUUAAGUCGUCUCUGGUCCAAGGAUUGAGCGAGAGGGGAGGAGAGUGGAGGCUGGCAGGUCGGCACUGGAGAUGGGCAGCGCUGUAGGACUCUGCUCCAGUCCAAGGGCUUGGGGAUGUGACUGGAAUAUCGCCCGACUCCUGUGUUUUGCUGCCAUUAGCUGGGUGCUCAUGACUCAGAUGGAGGUGGGAGCCUGGACCUACCAUUAUGGUGACAAAUCUGAUUACUCAUGGGAGGUGGCCAGAAACUUUUGCAGGUCAUUCUACACUGACCUUGUAGCAAUCCAGAACCAGAGGGAAAUUGCCUAUCUCAACAGUGUCUUACCUCACCAUAGAACAUACUACUGGAUUGGGAUACGAAAGAUAAACAAUGUCUGGACCUGGGUUGGUACCAGCAAGGCCUUGACGAAGGAAGCUGAGAACUGGGCGAGCAGGGAACCCAACAAUAAAGGGAGGAACCAAGACUGUGUGGAGAUGUACAUAAAGCGGGACAAUGAUGCUGGAAGAUGGAACGAUGAGCGCUGCCAAAAGAAAAAGAGGGCGCUGUGUUACCAAGCGUCUUGCCAGAGUUCCUCCUGCAGCCAGCGUGGUGAUUGCGUAGAGACCAUCGGGAACUAUACCUGUGAUUGCUACCCUGGUUUCUACGGGCUUGAGUGUGAACACGUUGUGAGGUGCAAAAACCUUGACCCUGGGCCUGACUGCAGUCAUCCCCUGGGGGAAUAUAGCUACAACUCCACAUGCAAGUUCCUGUGCCAGGAAGGGUUUGAACUGCAAGGGCUGGACACGCUGCAGUGCUUGGAGUCGGGGAACUGGACAGCAGAGGCUCCGGAGUGUGCAGCUGUCAAGUGCCCAGCGCUGGCCGCUCCAGGCAGGGGCGGAUUAAACUGCACUCACUGGCAUGGAGACUUCACAUAUAACUCUUCCUGUGCCUUCUCCUGUGAGACGGGGUUUGUGCGGAAUGGAUCUGAGACGCUGGAGUGCACGGCCCUGGGACAAUGGACAGGGCUUCCCCCGCUCUGUGAAGCCAUCAAGUGCCCCAUGCUGGAUUCCCUGAGCAGAGGCCAAUUAAACUGCUCUCACUGGCAUGGAGACUUCAUGUAUAACUCCACCUGCUCCUUCUCCUGCGAGACGGGGUUUGUGCGGAUUGGAUCAGAGACACUGGAGUGUACGGCCCUGGGACAAUGGACAGGGAGUCCCCCACUCUGUGAAGCUCUCAAGUGCCCAGUACUGGCCACCCCGGGCAGGGGACAAUUAAACUGCACUAAUUGGCAUGGAGACUUCACAUAUAACUCCACCUGUGCCUUUUCCUGUGAGACGGGGUUUGUGCGGAAUGGAUCUGAGACGCUGGAGUGCACGGCCCUGGGACAAUGGACAGGGCAUCCCCCGCACUGUGAAGCUGUCAAGUGCCCAGUGCUGGAUUCCCCAGACAGGGGCCAAUUAAACUGCACUCAUCGGCAUGGAGACUUCACAUAUAACUCCACCUGUGCCUUUUCCUGUGAGACGGGGUUUGUGCGGAAUGGAUCUGAGACGCUGGAGUGCACGGCCCUGGGACAAUGGACAGGGCAUCCCCCGCGCUGUGAAGCUGUCAAGUGCCCAGUGCUGGAUUCCCCAGACAGGGGCCAAUUAAACUGCACUCAUCGGCAUGGAGACUUCACAUAUAACUCCACCUGUGCCUUUUCCUGUGAGAUGGGGUUUGUGCGGAAUGGAUCUGAGACGCUGGAGUGCACGGCCCUGGGACAAUGGACAGGGCAUCCCCCGCGCUGUGAAGCUGUCAAGUGCCCAGUGCUGGAUUCCCCAGACAGGGGCCAAUUAAACUGCACUCAUCGGCAUGGAGACUUCACAUAUAACUCCACCUGUGCCUUUUCCUGUGAGACGGGGUUUGUGCGGAAUGGAUCUGAGACGCUGGAGUGCACGGCCCUGGGACAAUGGACAGAGCAUCCCCCGCGCUGUGAAGCCGUCAAGUGCCCAGUGCUGGAUUCUCCGGGUAGGGGCCAAUUAAAGUGCACUCAUUGGCAUGGAGACUUCACGUAUAACUCCACCUGUGCCUUCUCCUGUGAGACAGGGUUUGUGCGGAAUGGAUCGGAGAUGCUGGAGUGCACAGCCCUGGGACAAUGGUCAGAUCAUCCCCCGCUCUGUGAAGCUGUCAUGUGCCCAGGUUUGGCCGCCCCUGGCAGAGGCCGAUUAAACUGCACUCACUGGUAUGGAGACUUUGCAUAUAACUCUACCUGCGCCUUCUCCUGUGAGACGGGGUUUGUGCGGAACGGAUCGGAGACAGUGGAGUGCACGGCCCUGGGACAAUGGACAGGGAGUCCCCCACUCUGUGAAGUCAUGAGAUGCCCCAAGCUGAGGGGCCUAGAGCCAAUUCUUAUGAAUUGCUCCCACCCUCUGGGAUCCUUCAGCUAUGGGUCAGUGUGUCGCUUCCGCUGCACUCAGGGCUACUUCCUCAAUGGGACGAGCAGGGUGCGGUGCCAGCCUGAUGCGCACUGGUCAGACAAGAUGCCUACCUGCCAAGAAGAGGCUGCUCCCUAUUUCAAGCAAGUCCUGCUUUACAUGGGUGGUGGAGCUGUGGCCCUUGUGGCCCUGUUGCUGACAGGAAUGCUCAUAGCUCUGCUAAUCAAGCGUCUCAGUGACAAAGAGGAAGAAAAAACACUGCUGAAUCCCACCAGUGACCUGGGAGUAACUGGUGUCUUUACAAAUGCAACGUUUGACUCCAACUUGUAAGCUAAAGCAGAAGAUGCCCCCAGGAGAGAAGAUCACUGGAAGUGAAAGGACCUGAAGAUCGUACUCAUGCCUCAAUCCUUUUAGAAGCUGUUUUUAUACCUUACUCCUCAGCUCAGCUCUGCCAUCGUCCAGCCCAAGAACUCACAGUCAGAGAUUAAACUAACUCUGGUGCACACAUCCCGGCCUGAUCUGAAAUCCUGACUUGUUUUUUCUCUGACACUGGGCUUUGGUUCACAAUCCAGUUAUAUCAUGUAAAGGUCCCCAAGCAUGGGUGGCAGGUGAAUAACUGGCUUGGGGAGGUUAGCGCACUUGUCCAGCCCCUUCUACCUGAAACCCUGCACCUUCCACACCCGCCAGAGCCUAGAGACCCCCCACAGUGGCCGCUGGCCCCUGCCCCAGGCUAGCACCCCCAGCUGCCACCCUUCAGCCCCAGAGCACUGGGAGGCCAGGCAGCGUGGCAACCGCCCCACCCCGCACCAGCCCCAGAGUGCUGGGAGACCAAGCAAUGCGGCCCCAGCCCCACCCCCAGCACACCAGAAGGCCCAGCAGCAUGACCCCAGCUCCCCACCCCCAGCCCCAGAAUGCCGGAAGCCAGGCAGCACAAUCCCCCCACCCCCCAGCCCUGGAUCAUUAGGAGGCCCUGCAGCAUGGCCCCAGCCUCCCCGGCCUCGGAGUGUCAGGUGACCCAGCAGUGUGGCCCCAGCUUCCCUAGCCCCAGAGCACCGGGAGGGUGGGCAGCACAACCCCAGCACCAGCCCCAGCUGGGGCCAUGAUGGCACAGGGGAAGAGUCGCUCACAGAGUGGGAAGCAGGAGGGGACUGGGGACAGAGUGUGGUUGGGGCCACACCUGGCUGUUUGGGGAGGUUCAGCCUCCCCCAGCCUAUCAUACCUGCUGCCCAUGUCCCCAAGCCACUUGUUCCUUCAUCCAUCUGCCUAUUGGAUGCUUGAAAAGGUCCUCCAGACCUGGGCCCUAGUAUCUACACCCUCAAUCACUUUCUAGUCCAGGGGUGGGCAAACUUUUUGGCCUGGGGGCCACAUCUGGGAAUAGAAAUUGUAUGGUGGGCCAUGAAUGCUCACAAAAUUGGGGUUGGGGUGCAGGAGGGGUUGAGGGCUCUGGUUGGGGGUGCGGGCUCUGGGGUGGGGCUGGGGAUAAGGAGUUUGGGGUGUAGGAGGGUGCUCUGGUCAGGCAAGAUUUUUUCUUUUUAAAAAUGAAAGGGUUUUUUUUGGGCAGGUGAAGUAUUUCACCUUCUGGGUCUUCACCCUGUAGGGUUUAUCCUCCUCCACCCCGCUCCCCCAGUAACCCCUCCAUCCCCCAAAAGCCCGGUCUACCUUCUGAUUUCUCUCAAUGUGUUGUGCAACAAAUAAUAAAGAACAUUUUUAAACAA